CCGCGUCUUGGACAGCACCAUCAUCUCCCUACCACUCGGCUGAGCAUCACAACCGGCUAGCUGCCCCGACUUGCGAGUUUGUCCUGCAUCCCAACUGAAUAGCUGUUACAGUAUUCGUGCCACCGUCGUUCGACAUGUUCAAACGUGGCUUCCUCAACUCUGACAAGGGUCGACAGACGAUCAGCGUCGAGGAGCAGAAGGAAAAGGAGAAGAAGGCGCUGAUAGAACAGGUGCAGCAGUCUGAUCCCGACCCCAUUAGGGUAGAGAACACAGAAGAUGGCAAGACCAUCUAUCAUUACGAUCCAGCCAAUGGUCCACCCGAUGUUCACAUGCCGCCUGCGCACGUCCUCAAGGACCUGCCACCAGGCAAAACGCGCAUCGUCUUCCGCCACUGGCCGCGCGAUCCCAAGGGAGAGGUUAUGCGCAAGGACAGGACCGACUCCGCGAACUGGAAGAUGACGCCGAAUGGGUACCAGCUCUGGGCGUCGACGCUCUAUGACUUCUUCCGCACUGCGCCGGUCCCCAGCGUUCCGGGGUACUCCAUGAUCUCGACGAGCAGCAAGCUCGCGUCGUGGAUGCGCGCGCACAACGAGACCUACGCGGGCCCCGAGCUCAAGUGGGCGGAGGAGGAGAAGAUGCCGUGCCAGGUUAUGCCCUGCGAUGUGGGGCGGCUGAUCAGCGACAGGGAGAGGGAGACGAUGCGUGGCUGGUAUGGGCCUAACGGGUUUAUGAAAGACCGGCCUCAGCCAACGCUUCAAGUCCGGAUUCCGUACAAUCUCCUGCCGGAGAAGCUCAUUGUGCAUGACCCUUCGCAUGCUCUUUCGGUCGGUGCGGUCCGUCACGAUGAGAGCGACAAGGAAGACGAAGGGGACAAAGAAGGCGAGGGCACCAAGAACGUUGCAUCAACCGAGAAGCCCGACGUCACCCACGUCUAUCGACUCCACUUGUCCGAGGCCGGCAAACGCAAACGCGAGGAAGACCUCGAGGAGGCGCGCAAGGAAGCUGCUCUGGAUGUCUCAGAGGCUGGGUGGGCAAUCUUCGUCCCCAAGCAUCUUGUUGUCGGAGAUGAGAAAAGCGAUGACUCGGAAGGGAUGUCCCCAUCUUUUGUCCUCUACGUCAAGAGGCCACCCCUUCCGCCGCCGCCAUCUUCCGUUGAGGAGGCCCACGUCUAUAUCCGCGCCGAGGACCUUUGCGGCGCGGGCAACCACUCCGUGGUAUACACCGUUGACUGGGAGCUCCCGCGCUGGCUUCUCUGUGGUCGCGAAGACGCUCACUGCGAAGAGUUCAUCGCACGGGAUGCCUCGGUCGAGGUCGCUCGACGCCGCGAGGCGGGCACUUUGUUCGACAAGCCCGCCGAAGUCCCCCCCGCGCCGGAAGGGGUGCCACCCGACUAUCCCUCCGUUUACAUCGAGAAUUUGCCGGUGAGGGCGCAGAACAUCGUCGGGCGAGACGAGCCUUGUGAGCACCUGAAGAAGCAGGCGGAUGCUGAGUUUGGCGGCGAGGCGCCGAAGACGGCGCGUGUGCGUGUUUGCGCGAAGUUGUCGCGCCAGAACGAUGACCACCUUCCGCAUGAGGCGUCCAACUAUCAGCAGUUCCCGGACUGGUUCUUCCAGCACUGGAGUGGUUACAACGUCGUCAAGCCCUUGCUGGACCCUACCCCCUGCGGUGCGCUCGUCCCCAACUUCUACGGCUACUACGUGCCCGAGAGUCCCGAAGCGCCCUCUGUCCGCGGGUACUCCCCUACCGCAGAAGAUCCAAAGUUGCCUUACUCUCCCGAGCCCGCCGUUGACAAUUCCAACGAAGCCACCCACUCGACCGACAACGCCCACGCUCAUGACGACUCUGCGAACGAUUCUCCUGACGACGACCCGCCCGCCGCCACCAUCCCCAAGCACACCCUCCCGCCGGAGUACCUCAGCCCCAUCCUCCUCCUCGAGCACUGCGGCGUCCCCAUCGAGCCCGAGAAGCUCUCCAUGGACGACAAACAGGAAGCCACCGCCCUCUUCCUCCUCCUCUCCUCCGCCGGCUGGGUGCAGAACUCGAUCGCCGCGCGCAACGUGCUCGUGCAGCCCGGCCCGCUCAGCGCCUGGCCGCUCGCGCGCAUCACGAACGUGCCGCCGAAGAACAGCUUCAGGCUGAUCGACUUUGGGCGGGCCCGGAAGGUGGACGAGUAUCCUGUGGCGCAGGAGACGCAGGCAAUGGAGCUGUUCGAGCUUGGGAUCUUCAAUAAGGGUCCAUACUAUUAGGGACGGUGCCUCGUGUCUGUUUGCUGUCGAUGUCCGAGAUUCCUCUGCUCUGUACUUGUCCGUCGAAGGUCUAGGUGGAUUGAUUGUAUGUAGUGCGUCUCAUGCCACGUAAUGGGACAAUGAGAAAAUGACCUAUCGCCACGCUGACCUAGUUGUCUUUCUCAAGCGCACUUUUGCUAUCUCAACCGAGC